CAGACCCGGUGGCAAAAGCGAUCAGGCACGAGCAGCACACCGCAGCACACCGCAGCACACCGCUACACUAUACCAGCCUACGGAACAGGAUUCGUCGUUCCCGCUCUCGCAACCAUGACCGUGGCGGACACCUCGACCGGCACCGGCAAAGAGAUUGUAAAGAAGAAAAAGAAAUCCCGGAAGCGUCCCGCAAAACCAAAACCCGGAGAUCCCGGCUACAAAACCCCCACGCAGCUUCGAAACGCAAGGAAGCGAAGAAAAAAGAAAGAGGAGCGGGCCGCCAUUAACGGCGGCCACCCGUCAAAGACGACCACCGUUGCAUCCGAAAACCUGGAGGCAGAGGCCCAGAUUUCCAGCGGRCACAWCAACAACAACAAGGACCCCUCCCUUAAAUACCUGUCGAAUCCAAGGGCCGCUCCRACGGUGCGYAACGCCAUCAAGUUCUUUCGCGAGAAAACCAACGCCCAGGCCGGGACCAGCCACGACGCCUACUUCCCGGUGACCGUCGGACCGAAGCUGGGCUGGAGGACCGUUGCCCGGCUGGCCGUCCAGGCCCSGGAGGCGAAAGGAGGCAAGCGCAAGCUCCGCAUCGGUCUCUUUGUUCCCGGCUCCCACGAGCUGCURCCGGUGCCGGAUUGCCCCGUGCACCACCGCAAGAUCAACGUGCUGGUCAAAGCCCUGGAGGACGAGUGCAACGCCCUCGGCGUCCCGGCCUUUGACGCAUCGGAAGCGGCCGAUGUCACCRGCAGGAACACCUUUGGGCUGCGGUACAUUGCGGUUGCCAUCGAACGGUCGACCCAGAAACAACAACUKGUKCUCGUGUGGAAAGAAGACGCGGCAGAUUCCGCUGCCAAGAACGAAAUCCUGGGCCGCUUGAUCCAGCGCCUGGUCGAGCUGUCCGGRAAGCAGAACCGCAAGGACGUUCWGCUGCAUUCGGURUGGGUUCACUACAACAACACGUGGAAGCACGCGAACAGCAUUUUUGACCGAGCGGGGCGGUGGGAAACGCGCUUCGUCGACGGCUGCGGGGACGCCAAGAAACUCGAGGACGAUCCGCUGUGCGGUUCGAUCCGGGAGGCCAUGCUACCUCUUCUCACCCCCAAAAAGGGGAAASAGGAAACCGGUGGUGCCACCGGUGGCAGUGGCAACGAGAUUCRCGUCCCGCUCUACUUUCCUCCGCAGGUGUUCCGACAGGCCAAUCUCGAUGGCUUUGCCAGGAUCAUUGUCCGCAUCCGAGAAUGGCUCSAGCAGCAGCAGCCGUCCAGACCACCCGUGGCCRACCGCACCGACCAAUUCCAGACCCCGGAAGACCCUAGCGCUCCCCCAAGGCGGAAGCGCCGAAGGGGAAGGCGCGACACCUCGAACGCCAACUACGUCCCACAACGCGGCAAGGACACCACGGCAGACGCACCGUCCAACUCAACAAGGGCAACCCUUGGACACUGCCUGGAACUAUAYGGAGGGGUGGGAACCAUUGGCUUGAACCUAGCGGACCUCUUCGAUAGCAUCGAGUCGUCGGACGAGAAUCCCUACAACGAAAAAUGCUUUCACGCCGCUGCCGACGAACUCAAGGUGAACGGCACCCUGCUGGAUCCAUCGMAACGAUCGCAGAUCACGUACACCUCCAAGUCUGCCUCGGACGUGGUAGCACAACACCACGAUUCGCUGCGAAAYGCACGGGUUGUUCUGGUGGACCCGCCGCGGAAGGGCCUCGAUCCUCCCGUCGUCGAGGCCCUGUGCAGCGAGUACGGACCAAGGGGCAACGGGGGAGAGCAGCAGCACCAGGCACUGAUCUACGUCAGCUGUGGAUUCGAUGCCUUUCGGCGAGACUACCGAGCACUCGUCGAGAAGUCCGGAAAGUGGACCCUGGAUUGCGCCGAGGGCCACGUUCUCUUUCCCGGCAGCGAUGCGAUAGAGACCCUGGCCUUUUUUACGAGAACAAAGUAAGAGUAACAAAAUUGGUUGCAUCCUCGCACUAGAACACUAGAAAUUAUAGCUCCUAUGAACCACACACCGCAAUUYACUUUCAAGAAUCCUGUUGCCUUGACGAAUGAAACAACCGGCGUAUCCUUUUUUGCUAUCUGYGAGUUCUAUUCUYAGGGGCGUUUAAGUGAGUUCGACGGGUGGUCGUCGUUACCAAUACGACGGAAACAGUUCGGUUUGUACCUUUUCCAAUGCUCACUUUGGCAACACCAACCAAUGCAAUGGCAAGAAAURWUGCAUUUCUUGAUGGUUAGACUGAAAUUCUAACUAAUUUGUCACCAWRCAACAUGUAUCCAAUCCGCAGUAAAGGACGCAAACAACUCAUUAUAUUGUAAAAUGCCCUUCGGGCGUCUCCUUCUGUUGACAUUUCAAUAGUUCCCUUUCAUCAUAUACGAAAAAAAACUUUGAACUGAUAACAUCCAUUAUUGUUAAAUUCGCUCUUUCAAUACAACGGUCCAAGACCAUUUCAUUCUUCUUAUACUUAUACUUCAACUUGGAGGAGUGAAUGGAUUGUUCUCAAAGGAAUAAACUUGGUGCCCGUGCUACCAUCAAAAUCAAGCUUGUCGUACCCUGCUUCCUGGAACAACUCCACCAAWUCUGCCGUGGAACGCUCCCGUGCUCCGUAUGAACAAGCAGCGACCAUGUUGAGAGACAUCAACGAUUUAGCCGUCUCGAGGAAGGAGGGMGCUCCCGUGUCGAGGAUCUGGUCCAUGACGACCACAACCUUUUUCUUUUCUGUCUUAGAGGCAACRGCACGAAUGUUCUCCAGAAUCUUUACGUUUUCUUCGUCUCCCCAAUCAUGAAUMAYGUAACGCAUGAUGAAUGCGUCGCAUUUGGAUAGCUCUGCCGGAAACUCCUCMAAGAAGCUUCCUSCGAUGGCCUCGGUCCGGUCACUCAAUCCAAUCGAAGCCAUGUAKUCCCCGGCUCGCUUUGCAACKUCCGGCAKAUCAAACACGAUUCCGCUCAUUUUGGGAUAGUGAAGCAAGAUCUCUCCAAGCAAAGAUCCGAUUCCCCCACCAAUGUCGCAGACAACGGCAUCUUCCGAGGGUGGAUGCCAGUCAAGUAGUAGGGCCCCAGACGCAACGGGACUCAAAGACUUCAUGGCUCGGCCAAACUCGGCUUCCUCUUCCGGGUGACUCGMAUAGUAGUCCCAGACAGGUUUCCCGUGAUGRAUUUCAAAGCCACUUUUCUUGGUUUYGCCACCACCGUUCUUGAUCAAAUCGGUUGUGACGGCYCUCCAGCCGUGUCUCUGUUSUCCGUUGAUCAUGAGAAGAAAGUCGGCGAGCCCACCAUUUUCCGUCACGAGUGUUCCAUGAGGGGUCAGCGAAAACUKCUUUGUCGAUGCGUCUUUUGCAAACAGAUUGAGGUUCUUUCCAGCCUCCAUGUACUGACAGACAACAAAUGCCUGCAAUUCAAGACCAUCUGCGACCUCCUCGCAGGUCGCCGAAUUUUUUGAUUCGACAAAGUCAAAAACCUUGUGGUAGGAUAGAGUGUAGGCAACUUCGGAUUGCCAGAAGGCAGUGGACAAAUCCAURAUAUAGGCAUCCGGUGGCUGGGUGGCGAAGGCCAAAAAGCUGAAGAUUUCAUGUAGCUUACAACCAAUCUUAAAUGCGAACCAAGGUGGAAUCAGUCCUGUGCUACUUCCAGCAGGGAUGUUGGGAGGUGUGACUGACCCCUUUCCUGCUAAGAUUGCCGCACCGACUGCGAUGAUCUGGUCGUGCGUUGAUGGUGUUUCGAAAUUUCAUAUGGGCGAACAUGAUGUCACCGUGAUGACAGUGUUUGUUGAUAUUUACGACAAAGGAAACGACAUUAAAUGUUUGGUGAGACG